AUGAUUACAUGUGGUUACUCCGAUAUACAUUCUGUUUUAUAAAAAAAUAUAAAAAAAAUUAGUAACAAAACUAUAGACAUAAAAAAUAUUAUGUCGCGAAAAGAGUUAAAUGUUUGUUUAUUCUUGAUAAAACUUGUAAAUUUGGAUUUUCUGUCAAAAUAUACGUACAUACAUUCGAGUAAAAAGAAAAAAAUAGAUCAAUUUCAAAGCACACUUGUGCGAAUGAAUAAAUAUAUUUCCCGACAGAGUCAUUUGAAUCGUGAAAAUGGAAUUUGGACUCUUCAUUUCCGGAGCGUGUAAACCCGGCAUUAGUCCGCCCGACGAUCGACCACGCACGAAGUUGCCGGCGAAUGCAAUUCAGCCAUCGGGAGGGGAGCCCGUCGAGGGUUCCCUAGGAGCUCGGCUCUCAGUCGCAGCUCGGCUGUCUGUGCGCGACGAGCAUCUGCUUGCGUUGCUCUCCGUACACAAACACAGGCAAACGUCACAUUCUCGCGCGCGCGCGCGCGUGCAGCACGUACACAUACAUACGCAUAUAUACGUCGCCGUGGGACGUGCCCUCACGUCCGUAUGAACGAGACGAAUCGUACAUAUAUACACGCGCGGGGGUGGCACCGGUGAGUUUUUCGUGUACGCGUAAGGCACGUUGUAAGGCGUAACGUCCCGUAAGAGACAAGAGGGGGAGGGGUGAAAAAGGAAAAAGGCAGAGAGACGAUUUUCGAGGAGGCGGAACGAGACCGCGUCGAACGAUAUAGACGCCGCGCCGCAUUUAUACGACGGCGCAUACGAAUACAUACACGCGACACAGGCAUACGCGGCCAAGCGAACCGCACGCUACUACGCCCAGUCAGUCGAACGUCGGCUCGGGUCCGACGAUACACCAUCCCGACGAUACGCUAUCGCUAUUACACACACUGACGUUUCCCACGGUUACGCCACGCGAUUUUACGGAGAUCUCCGACGAGAAGUUGACACGCGGUGGGACUGAUUUCGCGAGCGGGGUGGCGAUAGGCGUCGACGGCGAUCGGGUUGCGCGACCCGAGCCUUCGAGCAGCUCGUGACGGUGAAGUGAAGCACGCGUGAGAGGCAUCCGCGAUUGGAGAAAGGACGAGGAAAGAAAGAGGAAGACGGAAGGAAAGGGAGUAAGGGAAGCGAGGAAGAGGGUUGCAGGACGAUGGGUGGUCCUGACAGCGAGCGGUGACAAGAAAGAGGAUCGUCCUGGAUGAAGCGAGCAUUAAACGCCAGGGAUUAAUCGAGGCGUCGUAUGUAAUUGGCACGCUAAAACGAGCUUUUUGUUCGAAAUAAGAGAGUGAAAUAUGCGAUAAAAUCUCUUUGCUUGCGCGUUGGACUUCUCUUGGAAGCUUUACCUUGGUGUUGGAUAUAUCCUCUUGGUCCAACCCUUGGCUAAGGCUAUGAGCUGUAAUCUUAUUCUCUGGCUCGUUCGUGAGUGCAUGAAUUUAAUCGGGGAAUACCGUCAUAGUCGUCACUGACCACUGACAAGUCUAUCCUCAUCAACGUCGUCGUCAUCAUCAUUGAUAGUAAGCGUUACGCUCUCAUCGGCAAAGAAAAAUUUCUCGAGCACGACAAGAUAGUCGCGUACUUGAAUCGAGCUCCCUGCUCAGGAGGCGCUUAGACGACGGAGCAAUAUCGAAAUAUUGACCAAGACGACGGGCAACUGCGAACCUCGUCGUCGCUGGCGAAAAUCAUCGCAAAAGUUCCGCGUCAUGAAGGCCUAGCGUUCGACACCGUGGGUCAUCGUGGGUCGUCAGCGUCGGGCGUGCAAGAAGGGACGGCGGAAGCCGGGAUAGUAGGAGAAGGAGGAGGCAUCCGACAACAUGGCCGCCGCCUGCUACGAGAAGGAAGUAGUGGUAGGUGCCGCCGUACACCACGGACAUGGGCACCACCAUCAUCAUCAUCACCAUCAUCAUCAUCAUCACCAUCAUCACGGCAGCGGUGCCGUCGCAUCGUCCAUCGGCGGGGUGACCGGUCAGACAGUGCUGCCGGCGGCGUCUACCGGUCUCGACGAUGUCACCGUCGUCGCUGCCGCUGCCGCUGCUUCCUCCGGCAACUCGUCCUCAACUACGGUAAACGUCGUCAAUCCGGUGACGACGAGCGCUGCAGCUACGGCAGCUGCGGCCGCAGCCGCCGCUGCUACCGCGACCGCCGCGGCUGCCGCCGUGGCGAUCAACAAUUACAAGGUGCAGGAGUACAAGGACUACUCGCAGCCGCUCCACGUGGAUUGUAGCGUCGAGUACGAGCUGCCGAGUCAGGCGAAACCGCCGCCCGGUGGCGGCGAACCCCUCCUAAUGAUCCAUCCGUGCUACUAUCGACGCGCCGAGCGCGAGAGGAGGAGCCCCUUCGUCAAUAAUCUGCCGCCACCAGCGGCACCAACGACGGCGCCUAUGUCUGCCUCCCGCAGAAGCGGUCGUAGAAGCGGAACGGCGACGGCAUCCGCGACCGCCGCUUCCAGCGGCGUCGCCGCCGUUACAGUCGCUACCGCGGCGAUCGCGAUCGCCGCUGCCUCUUCCUCGACGACAACGACGGUCAUCCCACCGUCCAACAACAACGUCGUAUCUACCAACGUCGUGCCUACCUCAGUCGUGUCACCGACAACGUCUAUCGCGUCGUCCUCGGUUGCCGCGGCAGUGGUAGCCGCCGCGGACUCUGGCAGCGGUCUAAUAUCUACGAGCCAUAGCCAGAUGUCCGCUGUCACCAUGGCGGCUUCGUAUCGCGCGGCGCUCAACGUCGCGGCUACGUUAUCUCAGCAGCAGCAGCAACAACAAUCUCAGCGGCGGCAUCAUCCGCAGCAGCAACAGCCGAAUCAUCUUCAUCAUCAUCAUCAUCGGAAUCACACGCACGCUCAUCAUCAUCAGCAGCAGCAGCAUCACAGCCAGCAGCAACCGCAACAACGGCCCGUAACACCAACGGCUUCCGGUACAGCCGACCUCAUCUCCGCCGAUGAGAAGGCAGUCAUAUCAGGUAUUUAUCAACAUUACUUCCGCGCCAUGCGCGCCCACAAUCAUCAACACCGCCAGCAGCAGCAGCAACAGCAGCAGCAACAUUGCACCACCGCGACUCAUCAGCUUCAUCAUCAAUCUCACCAAAGCGACCGAAGUUCCUCUUCUUCAUCGGCGGUCACCUCCCCGACGUCCGCGUCGAUUUCGGGUAUCCUACGACAGUCUUAUCAGCAAGCUUACAGCAAUAUCGCGGCGGCGAGCUCGAGCUCGAGCCAUCAUCGCGUCGGUACAUCGGCGGUUGUCCAUCAUCCUUACAGGCGGCCGUCAGCGACGUUGCUAUCGCGGGCGGCCUCGCAUAUCGGUCAACAGGCCUCCUCUUCAUCCUCCUCUAUCUCCUCCUCAUCGUCCAUAUUCGGUGCUUCCAACGGCGUCGCUGCCGCCGCCGGCGUCUCUAGCGUUUACGCUAGCACGAUACACAGGCAUCACGCGAGCUCCCUGCACGCCCUUCAAACCGCCGCCGGCUUCUAUGAGACGCCGAGCUAUCACGCUCUCCUGCCCCAAAGUUAGACGAUGGUCAAGUGCGAUUACGCGGUAUGUUGGGUCUCUACGCGUAAACAACCUGCAACAAUAUCAAUAGUAAUCAUGAUUGUACUAUUAUGAGUCGAGGCGAGCGCGUAAUAGAUUCUCGCAAACAGUCUCAGAACUGCUCUCCGAUCUUCUCCCCUUCUUCUGUUAUCCAUUAUCAGGUGCUCGAUGAAAAUUGAUAAAAUUCGAUGAUAAGGGCGAGGGCAAAAUCGGAACGCGGUUCUCUGAGACUCUACACCGAAGGCCAACGAGAUGGUAAUUUUUUUUUUUUUUUAGACAAUUAUAUUCGACAUCAACAUCUACAUCAUCAUGAACGCGCAUUCACGGCUCAUUAUAGUAUCGCGGAGAAGACGACUGUACGUCGAGCGAUUGUUUGAUAUCAAAUGCAAAGUUAUGCGGGUCGUCUAUAUCGAGUAUAUGGCCAAUAUUUAUAUUUUUCAUGUAUAGAUUGUGCAUGAACUAUCACUUUACGCAUAAUUUACGUAGACGACAGAUAAUCGAUAUAGACGACGUUCGUAAUAACGCCUAUACUGGUUGUGCUCUGCUCUUCUUCUCUCUCCCCUCUCCCCCCCCCUCUCAAACUGUUUAAGAAAACCGAUCGUUUAAUAACUGACAAUUUAUAA